AUCCUCAAUACCUUCUCACAAGUACGGGAGUUUCACUACAUCAACAUGAGUAAGACCUGGGAUGAAGCGCGACAAUACUGCCGAGAGAAAUACACCGACCUCGCCAAGAUCGAGAGCAAAGAGGACAUCAGCAGACUGAGCGCUCCUUUCUCUUACAGCUGGGUGUGGUUUGGACUCAGGGACGACCCAAAAUCAUGGAAAGACACGAUGGGUUCUGAUGCAAACUCCUGGAGAUGGUCAACAUCUGGAGAAACCGGGCAAACUGCUUACCACAGGUGGAGUUUGGGUGAACCAAACUACAUAGACGCAAACGAAACGUGUGUAGUGAUGACCGGUACGGGACAGUGGGCCGACCGGACAUGCAGCCUGCAGAGAAACUUCAUCUGUUUCACCAUCACAGAGAGAAACGCGAAGGAAUACGUCCACAUCUCAGCCCAGGAAACAUGGAGCUCUGCUGUGACGUACUGCAGAACGCACCACACCGACCUGGCGAUGAUCGAGAACGAGGCCGAAAACGGCGAAGCCCGAAAUGCAAACCCAACGACCAGCGAAGUCUGGAUCGGUCUGUACCGAGUGCCGUGGGUCUGGGCCGACGAGAGCCAAACUUUCUUCCGACCCUGGCACUUCUCCCUGAAUAACAAUGGCGGUAAACAGCACUGUGGAACUGAAAACAACGUCCACCAGUGGGCUGACGAAGACUGCGGUGCCAGGAGGCCCUUCAUCUGCCAUCGAGUUUUAACGAAGUUGACGAUUGUGAGGAUAAAGUCUGUGACUGACAUGGACUGGACUGAUCCAGCUGUCAACUCCCAGAUCCUGCAGCAGCUUGGUGCCUUGCUAACCCAUCGGGGAUGGACUGACUUCAAAUUGCGAUGGAAGCGUCUGCCAAGCAAAAACCACAAAGAGAAAUGUGCAAAAUCUGAGUGUAAAUCACAAGUUUAGUACUGAAUGUUUUAAUUUCAUACGGCGGCAUAUUUAGGCCUUUGCAGAUAGAAAAAAAGGAGGAGUAAAU